AGAAGAAGACGUCGAUGUUUACAUCUUAUGAAUUGUCAAAUUGCCGGCUCUAAACACGUCCAGAAAUUUGCGAUUUUCUAUAAUAAAAGUUUGACGAUGGUGAUUCAUAAUAAGAACGUAGAUGAGCUGCAGACUUACUUCAAAACUCACAACAAAAUUAAGGAACAAAAAGCUCACACAUCCAAGGUACAUUCCGUUGGUUGGAAUUGUGAUGGACGGCGCCUUGCUUCUGGAUCGUUCGACAAAACUGUUGCCGUAUUCACAUUGGAUCGAGAAAGAAUCAAUAAAGACAGCACAUUUCGUGGACACACAGGGUCAGUAGACCAAUUGUGCUGGCACGCUUCUAUGCCCGACCUGCUUAGUACAGCAAGCGGCGACAAAACAGUACGAAUUUGGGAUGUGCGUGCUGGAAAGUGUGCUACGAUAAUCAACACAAAUGGUGAGAAUAUCAACAUAACAUGGUCGCCAGAUGGAAAAACCAUUGCCGUGGGAAACAAGGAAGAUUUAGUCACAUUCAUUGACACACGAACACAUAAAAUUCGGGCAGAAAAACAAUUUAAUUUUGAGGUUAACGAGAUUGCUUGGAACAACACCAGUGAUUUGUUCUUCUUAACAAAUGGGCAAGGAUGUGUUCAUAUUCUGAGCUAUCCGUCCUUAGAGUUGCAACAUGUUCUUAAAGCUCAUCCAGGAACAUGCAUUUGUAUUGAAUUCGAUCCGACAGGAAAGUAUUUUGCAACUGGUUCUGCCGAUGCGCUCGUGUCAGUUUGGGAUGCAGAAGAACUUGCAUGCGUACGAGUUCUUUCUCGUUUAGACUGGCCGGUCCGCACAAUUUCCUUUAGUUACGAUGGCAAACUGUUGGCUUCCGCUAGCGAAGACCUUCUCAUCGAUAUUGCUCACACAGAAACCGGAGAAAAAAUCUCUGAUAUAUCCGUCGACGCCGCCACAUUUACAGUAGCUUGGCAUCCAAAGCAAUAUUUGCUAGCCUAUGCAUGCGACGAUAAAGAUUCAUGUGAUCGACGACGAGACGCCGGCAACUUAAAAGUCUGGGGAUUUUCAGAAUAACUUUAUUCUUAUUGGUAAUUACUGCUAAACCAUUACACAAUAAAUAAUACAAAUUUAACUACAA